AAAGACUUGCUGAAGAAGAGAGGAGUUAGCGGUGGGGAAAGAAAAGAACAUAGAAAAGAUGGCAUGCAAGGCCCAUGUCCUUGUACUACCCUACCCUCGCCAAGGCCACAUCAACCCAAUGCUCCAAUUUGCCAAGCUCCUAUCCCACAGAGGCCUCAAGACCACCCUUGUGCUCACCGUCGCCACAACAAAGUCCAUGCAUGGAGAACUUAGCUCGGUGGGCAUCGAGACCAUCUCCGAUGGCUACGACGACGAACACGAGAAGGAGAAGGACACCACAGAAGCCAUCCUGCAGCGGCUCCGGGCCGUCGGCUCCCGGACCUUAGCCGAGCUGAUCGAGAGGAUGAAGGGCUCGGGGCAUCCGGUGAGCUGCAUCGUGUAUGAUGCGGUCCUUCCUUGGCCAUUGGAUGUAGCCAGAGAGCUGGGCGUGCUCGGAGCCGCAUUUUUGACUCAGCCAUGCAUCGUCGACGCCGUCUACUACCAUGUGUACCGUGGGUCGCUGGCGGUGCCGCUGGUGGGCUCUACGUUUCGGUUGACGGGGUUGCCGGAGAUCGGAGCUUCCGAUAUGCCAUCUUUUGUUUCGGUGCCGGGUUACAGUCCGACUCACUUGAAAAUCCUUGUGAACCAGUUCUCCAACAUGGAGACUGCUGAUUGGGUACUUUGCAACACUUUCCAGGAGCUGGAGAAUGAGGUGAUCAAUUGGAUGGCAAAUUACAUGCCAAUGAAAGCGAUUGGACCAAUGGUCCCAUCUACAUGCAUAAAUGAACACUUGGAUGGAGACAAAAAUUAUGGUGUAGACCUAUGGAAAGCAAACGGUGGAGUCUGUAUGAACUGGCUUGAUAAAAGAGAACCUCAGUCGGUUGUGUACGUAUCCUUUGGAAGCAUUUCAAAAGUAGGGUCAGAGCAAAUGGAGGAAUUGGCAUGGGGGUUGAGCAAGAGCAGCUACUACUUUUUGUUGGUAGUGCGAACAGUGGAGGAGGAUAAACUUCCAACCAAAUUUAUGGAAGAGACAAAGGAGAAAGGAUUGGUAGUGCCAUGGUGCCCACAACCAGAGGUAUUAGCCCAUAAGGCAAUUGGAUGUUUUGUGACGCAUUGUGGGUGGAAUUCAACCUUGGAAGCAAUAAGCCUCAGCGUGCCCAUGGUGGCGGUGCCGCAAUGGACCGACCAACCGACGAAUGCCAAAUGUGUGGAGGAUAUUUGGAGAGUGGGAGUGCGAGCAAGAGUAGAUGAGAGUGGGAUUGUGAGAAGGGAUGAGAUAGAAGGAUGCAUAAAGAUGGUGAUGGAAGGGGAAAAGGCAAUAGAAAUCAAUGGGAAUGCAAGGAAGUGGAGGGAGCUGGCUGUGAAGGCAUUGAUGGAAGAUGGACCUUCUAACAAGAACAUCAAUGAUUUUGUAGCUAGAGUAGCAACUAAAAAGGACCUGAAGACCAUAACUUUAGCUUCAUGAAAAUUUUCAGAUUGAAUGAUAAGUAACAACACCUAUCAUUUCCAUGUAACAUGAAGUUUAUGAUGACUUGUUGGAAGCUGCUUGUCAUCAGAAAAGGGCAUUUCUGCAAGCUCCAUAUUUUGCCAAUAGGUAUUCCUUUAAAUUCUUAACAUUGCGUAGUUUUCUAACAGUCAGCAGGAUGAGUCAUCUUGAGAGUGUUUAGAUGAGAUGCCUCAUUGGAGAUAAAAUGUUUCCAAUCAUUCAGAAUUAAUGUGUAAAGGAAAGCUGAGGGGUUUCAGGUUCUGCAUGAUCGGUGCUUAGUGUGAUGCGAACACCUUCAAUAUUAGCAUUUUUUUUGUUUUAAUUUUUGUGCACCAAUUAUUACCGUAUUAUCACCUCUGGAAGAAAUCUAUCCGGCUAUCAGAACAAUAAUCUAAGGCAGAGAGAUGGUUACCAACCAGCUGAGCUACCACCUUUUGGCCAUAAUGAA